UGAGAACCAGCAAGAUGAUGGAACAACUGCCGAUCUACGACCCGCGUAUCCCCUUCAGAGGAAGUAUAAUUAAUGGACUUCAAGAUGGAAAGCUGAUGAUAAUUCAAGGACAGGUGCCAGAACAUGCAAAGAGGUUUUCCGUGAAUUUCAUGUGUGGCUCCAGUGACAUUGCCUUUCACUUCGCUGUACGCUAUGAUGAACCUGCUGUGGUCUGCAAUACGCUGCAGUGCGAACGCUGGGGAUGUGAAGAGAGGAAAAAGGAGAUUCCCAUCAAAGUCGGGAUGUACUUUGAGCUGAUGUUUAAAACACAGAAUCAUGGUUUCCAGGUUUAUGCGAAUGGACAACACUUGUUGGAUUACAACCACAGGCUGCCCCUGACUGGAGUGGACACCCUGUCAAUUAGGGGAGAUGUUCAUGUGAAAACCAUCACUUUUAAAAACCCAAAUGUAGGUAGCACACAGCAGCUUGCCUGUUAAGAGUUUCUUAAAUGUCUGUAAUGUAUCAGACUUGAGCACCAACCUCGGCAGCGUGUAUUGGAGUAUAAAAGUUGCAUUAUUUGCUGUGUAACCAAAACUAUGUAGUCAGCUUUGAAACUUGUUAUUUGCUAUGCAUGUACCCAAUUUAGUAGGAGAAUGAAAUCUUAAGAAUGUAGAAGACGAUGGUGGGUUAAUGAGAGGUAGCUAAGAGAUGUAGAUUAGAACAUGAUUAAGUCAAUGGGUAGAAACAAUAGUGGCGGAUGUGCUUGUGAAAUGCAACUAUAGACCGAUUGGAUAUGCUAAUGCAACUAAACCAGGAGAUUGCUAUAAAACAUGCUAUGUCCAAGGAUUGGUGGGCAAUCAGCGACUAACUCAAUG